AAAGCGUAUUUUUUCCUUUGGAGAAUGAUUUUUGCCUUGGCAAUGUUCUGAAAAACAGUCAGUCGUGGGUUUAUGAGAAAGAGAGAUAUAAUUUGGGAAUGACCUAGGCUAUUUCCCGCCUACAAAGCAAUUGGCGCCAAAAGAAAACCCCAAUCCUUCAUCUACUCAUUAUUAUUUGGCAAUACAAAAUUUGUUCUGAAAUUCUAAUUUUCUGCUCACAACCCUAACUCGAAGAAUGAGGGGUGGAACUGUUCAGAUCAAUUGGCAUGAUACCAAACCCGUUCUAACCCUAGAUUUUCAUCCUAAAUCUGGACUCCUCGCCACUGGUGGUGCCGAUUUCGAUAUCAAGCUGUGGCAAAUAAAUCCAUCGGAAGGGGAAAAUAAAGGUCCAACUGCUUCUUAUCAAAGUAGCCUUACUUACCAUGGCUCCGCUGUCAACGUGUUACGCUUUUCUCCAUCUGGAGGAUUACUCGCUUCUGGUGCGGAUGGAGGUGAGCUUAUCAUAUGGAAGCUACACCCAACUGAUGUUGGCCAAACGUGGAAAGUGCUAAAAUCUUUAUCGUUUCACCGCAAGGAUGUCUUGGACAUGGAGUGGUCUACUGAUGAUGCACAUCUUAUUACUGGAUCUGUCGACAAUUCCUGCAUCAUAUGGGAUGUCUGUAAAGGUUCUGUUCAUCAGAUUUUGGAUGGUCAUUUGCAUUAUGUUCAAGGAGUUUCAUGGGAUCCCUUGGGUCACUAUGUUGCUUCCCUCAGUUCGGAUAGAACUUGCCGUAUCUAUGGAAAUAAGCCUCUAACUACAUCAAAAGGUCUCAAGACAUCAAAUUAUGCAGCUCAGCAUGUUAUUACAAAGGCUGAACAACAACUUCCAGCUGAUUCUAAGAUUUUGUCAACUAAAACCCAUCUCUUUCAUGACGAGACAUUGCCAUCCUUCUUUCGGAGAUUAGCUUGGUCUCCUGAUGGAUCUUUUUUGGUGGUGCCUGCAGGGUCUUACAAAUUCUCUUCUACAUCUGACUCAGUAAAUACUGCAUACAUAUUUUCAAGAAAAGAUCUUUCGAGGCCUGCUUUACAGCUCCCUGCAUCAGGAAAACCCGUUAUUGCAGUACGCUUUUGCCCCAUUGUUUUUAGCCUAAGGGCACACAAAUCAGCAGGCGAAUUUUUUAAGCUCCCAUAUCGAUAUGUUUUUGCCGUGGCCACGUUGAACUCUUUAUACAUCUACGACACAGAGAGUGUUCCUCCUAUUGCAAUUUUUGCUGGCCUUCAUUAUGCAGCCAUAACAGACAUUUCAUGGUCACCUGAUGCCAAAUAUCUAGCAUUGUCCUCUCAAGAUGGUUAUUGCACUCUUGUAGAAUUUGAUCGGGAUGAUCUUGGUUCACCUUUCACCAUUUCAGCUGAGAAGGCCAAGGACGAAAUCAAGAAUCCAGUUGAUCAGGUCCCCACUGAAGUGAUCAAUACAACUAGUACUGAUGUUGAAGCAGAGUCCAAAGCUGAAGCAGAGUCCAAAGCUGACAGAAAUAAAAAAGAAACAGAAGCAAGUGAAGGGAAAGCAUCGCCCAACCCUGUUAGUGUUCCAGUUUCAAAUAAACCUGCCAAGAGGCGGAUAACUCCCAUGGCUAUUGAUCCAUGAACUAAGGGUAACAACAGAGCCGGUCCAGAGCUGGUGCAGAGUGUGCGACGCACAAGGCCCGACUCAGGGGAAAGCCACGUUCUUACUUAUUAUUAGGGCCUUUUCUCCAAGCCCAAAUGCUUUUUACUCUAUCUAUUUAGGGUUUUCUUUUUACGUGUUGGAAAAAUAUAAAUUUACUAUGAGGCUUUUUGGGGAAUCCUGUUUUAGGGCAUACCUACUGGGGCAUACUUAACAAGGACAAAAAUGGAUUGCAGAUAGUAAAUUCAAAAUUAGUAUUAGUGUUAAUAAUAAUGAUUAGUUGUUAAUAAUCUUAAUUAGUAAUUAAUAUUAAUAAUUAGUGAUUAAGAUAAUUUAAGUUAUA